CCAGUGGAAGUUUAUGUAGAUCAUUUCUUAGUGUUCACAAUACAAAAAAAAGCUCGCAUUGAUGAAUAUAUCUCAUGUAACGCCUUUUAUUCUGAAACCGUUCGUAAACCAACAAGUAAAUGCUCCUAAAGUACCUAAAAGUGUAUAGUUUAAAAAUCAAACUUGCUCUGUAUGAAUUGACAUAUGCGUGACUUGUGUUGAAUGUCAUAUAAACAUGAACUUUGUCUCUUUGAACAAUUAAAAAACUGUGUAGAAAAUGACCAGUACAAAUGAAGCAUUAUGGAAUGAUCUUUUAAAAUGGCAAAUAGACAUUAAUAAAAAGGACGAGGCAUUAUUAAAAAGCAAACCGAUUCAUGAUAAAACAGUAUCUCCUAUUCGUGAAAUGACAGAGAUUGUUCUAGAUAAUUUGAAGCCAAAGGGUCUAAAUGCUUUGUCUUCGACCCCAAAAAAGGAUAUCCCAGUCAACAAAAAGCCUACUUUAAUAGAGAGAGCAGAAGCUGAAAAGACAAAAGGUAAUGAUUAUUUCAAGCAAAGCAACUUUAAACAAGCUGUGAUUCAUUAUACCAAGGCUAUCGAGUUGAAUCCGACCGUAUCUGUCUAUUAUGUGAAUCGAGCCAUGGCAUAUAUAAAGUUGGAAAAUUACAUAGAAGCAGAAAGGGAUUGUACAAAAGGAAUUCAGUUCGAUACCAAGAAUGUUAAAGCUUACUGGAGACGCGGUAUAGCUUUGCAGAAACUGGGUCGAAUUGUAGAGGCUAAAAAAGAUAUGGAACUGGCCUUAAAGUUGGAACCAAAAAAUGCAACUAUAGCAAAGGAUUUGCAGGCGCUCAUUUCAAGUAACAAAACAUUACCAGAAGAACAGAAAACGAAUAGUAAAAGCAAGUUUCGUUCGUUACCAAUCAAUGUUAUUGACGCUGCCUAUGAGCCCCAGUCAUCUCAGCAACCUCCAUUGACUCCAGUUUCUACAAGCAAAGUUAAUAAAACCACACAACCAGCCUCAGAGGCGCCAAUGACAACUGCUAAACAAGCUAAAAAUGUCAAGGAAAGUACUGCAAAUAAAACCCUAGUCAAGGAGGAGCAAAGAAAAGAGAAUGAGAAAAAGACCACAGACUCACUGCCAGUUAAGGUGACCACUGAAAAGGCGUGGCCUGCCAUUGUGCCUUCCUCAACAGUGCCGCUGAAGUUUCCAGUCCCCAAGACAAACUUUGAAUUUGAACGAGAUUGGAAAACAUGCAAGGCAAGAGGCAUAGAUGUUUUAUAUCAAUACUUUCAAAAUAUUCCACCUGCUUCGUUUGCAACCUUGUUUAAAUCAUCCCUCGAAUCCGACUAUUUUGAACAAAUGAUUCAUAUAUUAGCAACUAAAUAUGUAGAGCAAAAGACACUAAAAGACAUUUAUGACGUAUUAGACGGCCUUUCGCGGGUAAAACGUUUGGACAUGUUACUCAUGUUUUUAUCCAAACAGCAGGAAAAAGAACUUGAAAGUUUGUUCACCCUUAUCAAAUCAUCUGAUGUUGUACCUAAAGACAAGGUGGAUAGAUUGUCUAUGUUUUAUAAAAUCCGUUAAUAAAAUAUACUUCCGGAUGUGUUACUGUGAUUUUGGUGAAACAAG